CCGCGGGGUCAGUGAGACUUUUUCGUUCUCCGUUUACGGCGUUUUUCGCCGUUAUUUCGCCCACCGGAUCAUUAACCCGUGCUAUAUUGGCUCGCCCGGCGCCGUGCUCGAGUUAUCUUCGACUUUGAAGGCCGACGCCGAGGGAAACGUUUAAAGCGGGCCUAUUUGUCCGUGCGGACGAGAGGCGGUGCUGCGGUCCCCUCUUAAACAUGGCCACCAUGAUGGAGUAAAAACGCUACAACUUUCAAAUUGUCAGUUUUUUAUUUUGGAGGAAAACUGUCCGUCUAAUCUGCAUUGUUUUUUCUCUCACCCGAAACGAGGAAUGUUUCUUCCCGAAGCAUCCAACCGAACAUCCAGUCCGUAUGAGAGCUUCGGGAAAAGUUUGUUGUCGGAUUACGUGCUGAAUUAAGUUGGAAGCUGGGAAGGAAGGAAGGAAAGAAAAACAACAAGAAUCGCAUCAAUUCCAAUGUCCUCAGAGGAUAAGAGUGUGGAUCCCUCUGACCAAGGCCCAUCUCCUCCCCUGAGCAGUGCAGGGGCCACACCCUCAGGGAGCCCAGCCCCCUCGGAUAAGCGCCCCAGAGGACGGCCCCGAAAGGAUGCUGCUGCACCCAAACCCAAACGCAAGUCUCGCAGCCGAGGCAGAGCCCAAGCCGACGAUGAGGACAGCAUGGACGGGAUGGACGCCACACAGCCACCAGAGACAGACGUCUCGCCAGAGAUGGAAGCGGAGCUGGAGGUAGAUGAGGAAGACUUCCCCCAGCCGCUGGACCUGAGCCCCAGAGACGAGCCGGCGCUUUCUCCACUCUUCCAGCGCUCCGUGUCUGAAGACUCGGCCGGAUCAUCAGCCUCAACCACUGGGAAUGCCAAAACCAGAGAAAAGCUGUGUGCCUUCUGUUACUGUGGAGAGAGGAGUCUGCUGGGUCAGGGUGAGCUAAAGCUUUUCGGCCCCACGCCCGGGUACGUCCCGCUGCACAUCCGCAACCGCCGCGGCAGCUCCGAGAAGGACGACGACUACCACGAGGACGAAGACAACGACUUUGAGGACAGCGAGAACGCCCGGAGCCCCGGAACGCGCAUCAGGGGCCUCAAGAAGAUCAGCUCUCCAGACAGCGGCCUGCACUCGUCCUCGGCCCCAGGCAGCACAGACCCUUUCGGGGAGGAGCCCAGUCACAAGCUCUGGGACGAACUGGGGCAGAUCGGCCUCCCUGACGACAUUAAUGUCCAGUCUUUAUUCGACCCCACUGGGCAGUGCUGUGCGCACCUGCGGUGUGCGGCCUGGUCGGAAGGUGUGUGGCGUGGAGAAGGAGGGCAGGCCCAGCUCUACGUGGACAAAGCCAUUGACUCAGGGAGCACAGAGUAUUGUGCGUAUUGUAAGCGCCUUGGAGCAUCCAUUAAGUGCUGUGAGGAGGGCUGUAGCCGCUCCUAUCAUUACCCCUGCGCUGCUGCCGCCGGCACCUUCCAGGACAUCAGGAGAUACAGCCUGCUCUGCCCAGACCACGUGCAGCUCGCCCUCACACGAUCUAAAGAUGAAGUGAACUGUUUGGUGUGCGACAGCCCGGGGGACCUGCAGGACCAGCUCUUCUGUACUUCCUGCGGUCAGCACUACCACGGGACCUGUCUGGAUAUCGUAGUCACUCCAUUAAAGAGGGCAGGCUGGCAGUGUCCCGAGUGCAAAGUCUGCCUCACAUGCAAAAACCCUGGGGAAGACAGCAAGAUGCUGGUGUGCGACAUGUGUGACAAAGGCUAUCACACGUUCUGCCUGCAGCCCGUAAUGGAAUCCAUCCCCACCGGUGGCUGGAGGUGUAAGAACUGUCGUACGUGUGCUCAGUGCGGUGCUCGAGCUACUGGUCAGUGGGCCUCCAACAGCCUGCUGUGUGAGAGUUGCCAACAGCAACAAGACCCCAGCCUGUUCUGCCAUGUCUGUGGGAGGGGCCAAGACGGCGAUGCCCCCAAGGACACGCUCACCUGUAAAACUUGCAAGAGAUGGGUUCACGUGGAGUGCGAGAGGCGGGACGACUCCGACCCCAGUGCACAGGUGCAGGACGGCUACACCUGCAGCGUGUGUAAGCAGGUGGAGACGGGUGGUCAGGCCCAAGCUGCUCAGGAGACCACGCUUGAUGACCCUGAAGCAGCCGAGGAAGUCUUCAUGGCUGUUGAGGAGGAGGUUUCUGUGGAGCCAGAGACCACCGCUGUUGCUGUUCCUGAAGAGCCAACAGAGUCUCCAUCAGCUGUUGAGGCCGCCCAGGAGAUCCAGGUGACGGUGACUUUGACAGAGGGUCCUUCGUCUCCCCAGCACUCGUCAGCUUUAUCGGCCGUUUCUCCGCUCUCCUCCCAGAGUUCCACGGCUGUGGUGGAGCGUGAUGACGAGGGAUCGCAUGAUGCCAUCACGACAAGGGAAACGGGGAAGGGGGAAGAGAACGCUCAGCUACCCGAGCCUGAGGAGCCAGAACCCAGCAUGGACGCUCCAAAGGCUCUUUUCGCUUCGCCUACCAAAGAAACCUGCCCUGAGCUUUCUCUUUCCCCUUCUCCGUCCCCAGCAGCCCGGGCGGAGCCCAUGGACACGUGUCCGUCAGCACCAGAGGCUUCAGAGGAAGCUGUGGAGGAGAAUGUUGGUGAAUCAGUGGUUCCACACUCGGUGGAGGAUAAUAUCGGUCCGGAGCUGCAGGAGCGUCCUCGACCAGAGGAGGAAGAGGAAGAAGUUGUAUCCGAGCCACCUUCCGCUUUACCCGAGGAGGGCAGCGUCCCGCCAGCCUCGGAGAGAAGCCCCACUCUGGAGAUGGACACCACGCCAGCCAGCGAGUUAAGCUUCUCUGGCUUUAGCUCUCCGGCUGGUGAGGAAAAGAGUUUAGGCUUAAAACGCUCGCCAGGAUUGUCCCCUGAUGGCUCAGGCAAGCUGUCCCAGUCCCCCUUCUCCACAGAGGCUUCUCCCAGAGAGACGCCCACGCAUGCUCAGAAUCAGCCUGGCUACGGCCCUCCGGUGCCCCCUGUUGCCUUCUUUACUCUAACCCCCAAAAUAGGUAUGGGCAAGCCAGCCAUCUCCAAAAGGAAGUUUUCUCCAGCAAGACCUCGAGUGAAGCAGGUUGCAUGGAGCAGCCGUAGUACAUUAAGCUCUCCGUCCUGGUCUCCGGAGCGGUCAGAGGGCUGGGAUGGCCCUAAGAGCCGACAGCUGCUGGGCGAUCACGUCUGGACGGCCAAAGUGGGCCGUGGAUCAGGCUUCCCAGGACGGAGGCGACCCAGAGGCUCGAACCUGUCUGGCAGAGGCGGCCGGGGACGAUCCAGACUGAAGACGGACAGCAGCCUGCUGGUGAACCCCGGGGUGAGCUUCGUGGAGACUCCGUACGUGGUGAAAGAGGAAGAGGAGAACAGCAUGCACAACACUGUGGUUUUGUUCUCAAGCUCUGACGCCUUCACCCUCAAACAGGACAUGUGUGUAGUGUGUGGAAGUUUCGGACAGGGCGCUGAGGGGAGGCUUCUGGCAUGUUCUCAGUGCGGUCAGUGCUACCACCCUUUCUGCGUCAGCAUUAAGAUCACUAAGGUGGUGUUGAGCAAAGGCUGGCGGUGUUUGGAGUGCACGGUGUGCGAGGCGUGCGGUCAGGCGAGUGACCCCGGCCGUUUGCUGCUGUGUGAUGACUGUGAUAUCAGCUAUCACACCUACUGUCUGGACCCUCCACUGCAGAACGUUCCCAAAGGCAGCUGGAAGUGCAAAUGGUGCGUAUCCUGUACUCAGUGUGGAGCCACAUCCCCUGGCCUGCGCUGUGAUUGGCAGAAUAACUAUACUCAGUGUGGUCCAUGCGCUAGCCUGGCCAUGUGCCCGGUGUGUGCCCGCAGCUACAGGGAGGAGGAGCUGAUCCUCCAGUGCCGGCAGUGUGACAGGUGGAUGCACGCAUCCUGCCAGGGUCUGAACUCAGAUGAGGAGGUGGAGAACGCGGCUGAUGAUGGCUUUGACUGCACCAUGUGCAGAAUGCACACUGUUUCCACCCAAGCUGGCACCGGUGUUAAGCUCAUGGACAACAGCGAACCCCCGAUGGUGGCGCAGAUCGUGUCUAAAAUCAAGGAAUACGACUUCCAGAAGACGUACACUCAGGACGGUGUGUGUCUGACUGAAUCAGGCCUGUGCCAGCUGCAGAGUCUGUCUGUACCCUCAGUCCGGCGCCGGCGGCCCAAACCCAAACUCAAACUCAAAAUAAUCAACCAAAACAGCGUGGCAGUGCUGCAGACUCCGCCAGAUCCACAGUCUGAAUUAUCCCGCGAGGGAGACCUGGAGGACAGCAGAGAGGGGGAUCUGAUGGACUGUGAUGUGAAGUCUGACUCGAGCCCCGAGCGAGAGCCCAACGAUGAAGAGCUGAAGGGGGCUGAGAGCGUCGACGGCAUCAAGAAGAGGAAGAGGAAACCCUACAGACCGGGUAUUGGUGGGUUUAUGGUUCGUCAGAGGAGCAAGACCGGGCAAGGCAAAGCCAAGCGGUCCCUGAUCAGGAAGGACUCCACUGGGUCACUCACAGAGAACCCCAUGGGGAAAGAGGAAGGCUGGAAUGAACCUGACACCCCCGUAGAUGAGACGCCCCCUGUGACCGAACCCUUGGAGAAGGUCAAGAAGAGAUACAGGAAGAAGAAAACAAAACUAGAAGAGGCCUUUCCAUCAUAUCUCCAGGAGGCGUUCUUUGGGAAGGAGCUGCUGGAUAAGAGUAAGCAGAGCAGGCAGGCUUUGCAGAUGGGGCCAGCAGAGGACGAGCCAGCUCACAGCAAGCUCCACAGCACCACCAGCAGCGCCAACAGCAGCUUCCUCGACCCCUCCUCUGACCCUUUGCUCAGCGCUGCAGCCACGCCCAUCAGCAAAGCUGGGACACUGCCCAGUGCAGAGGACCCUUUAGCCGAGCUGGUUCUGCAGUCAGACGAUGAUCUCCUGGGAAUGCUGUCGGAUGACCUGGUCAAGCCAGGCCCAGAUUCAGGUCUUGAUUUAUGCCCUUUCCAGGUGGACAGCUCCCCCUCUCCGUUCGCUGGUUUGGACAUUGGGGCCAUCCCUGACGAUCCCUCAGGCACCCCUCAGCCUGCCCCUGCCCGGGGCCCUCGGCAGCUACAGGAAGAACCUCUGGAUGUGAUUUUGAGCCCUGAACUGGACAAGAUGGUGACUGAUGGGGCCAUUCUCAGCAAGCUUCAGAUUCCAGAGCUGGAGGGGAAAGAAGUGGAAGACCUGUUUACAGCAGUGCUAAGCCCAAGCACCAGCCAGUCUCCUCAACUAGCACAGCCUCCCAAUCCUGUCCCCAAUGUGCCAGUCAUGCCAAUGUCACACAAAGGCCCAGGUGAUGGUGGAAUGUUCCCUCGGAUGCCUGUAAUGAAUGGUAUGAUGGGUGCAAACCCUGUCUUUCCUCCGAAUGCCAUGAUGCCUGGAGCUGGCGUUUCUGGCACUUUCUCUCCCAUCCGGAUGCCUUUCCCUGAAGGCAUGAGGGAGAAGAAGUUUGGCCAGAUGGGGAGUGAUAUGGUGGGUCCCUGGAGUGCUCCUGUUCCCAUGCCUGGUCCAGCCCCUCCAGCGGAGGCAGAAACAGACACCAUGUCCAAUGCCCAGAGGAGUACUCUGAAGUGGGAGAAAGAGGAGACUCUUGGGGAGAUGGCCACUGUGGCGCCUGUCCUCUAUACCAAUGUCAACUUUCCUAAUCUGAGAGAAGAGUUUCCAGAUUGGUCAACUAGGGUAAAGCAAAUUGCAAAACUAUGGAGAAAGGCUAGUUCGCAAGAAAGAGCCCCAUAUGUGCAAAAGGCUCGGGAUAACCGAGCAGCCCUUCGCAUAAAUAAAGUUCAGCUGUCUAAUGACACUAUGAAGAGACAGCAACAGCAGCAGCCUCCUGACCCUUUUGAUCCCAGCAUCCCCAUGGACACUGAGCUGCUCUUCAAAGACCCACUGAAACAAAAGGAGUCUGAGCAUGAACAAGAGUGGAAGUUGAGACAGGGAGAGUUAAAUCAGAUGUGGGGACCCCUUAAGAAGCAGCAGGAAAAGGUCCCAAAAAGCAAAGGCAUAAAAUCAACAAAUAAAGACGUCCUUUUUGGACAUUCCAACCAGGCAACUAUAGCUGCAGGAUGUGGAAAAAAUUCUCUGCAAAUGAGACAAAAGAGCAAGCAGCAGGCGAAGAUUGAGGCCACUCAGAAGCUUGAGCAGGUUAAAAAUGAGCAGCAGCAGCUUCAACAGCAGCAGCAGCAACAACAGCACCACCAGCAGCCACAGUUCAGUGCCCAGUCAGGUGGAGACAGCCUUAACAGUGGGGAUCAAAGUCCCAUGACACCCCAGCACAGUAGUGGGGACAACACAUCCCCUCUACAGCCCACAACACUUAAGGAUAGCUUUGUGAGGCCCCAACUUCCUGGAACGCCAACCUCAAGCUCAUCUUCAGAUGAUGUAUUUCUGCGUCCCCAUCCACCACCGCCAUCGUCUUUGGCAAAGACUCCCACUCAGGACACCCAGUACUCACAAGGGUCAUCAUCACAGCCUCAGUCCCCUCAGAUGUUUUCUCCUGGUUCAUCUGGUUCCCGUCCGUCUUCUCCAUGGGAUCCAUAUGCUAAGAUGGUGGGUACCCCUCGACCCCCACCAUCUGGGUCAAGUACACCUCGUAGAGGUUCAAUUUCUGACCUGCAAGAGAGGGGCAGGCCCUCUCCAGCCCACGAGUCUUUUGGCUCACCCACAUCUGCGAGUGCUGAUAUGUAUGCAAAGCCGCCAGACACGCCCAGGCCAUCUGACCCAUUUGUGAAACCCCUUGGUCCCCCAAGGCCUGGACCUGUAUCAGAACAGCAACAGCAACAGGGUAGGUACAUGUUGGCUAAUACGGCAUCAGGAGACAAUUUUACCAGGCCAGGUCAUAGAUCCGAGGCUUACCAGCGGAUGCCACACAACCGUAUGGUGCUUUCCGACCCUUACUCAAGGCCACUGUUAACACCCAUCCCAGGAAGUAAUGAAUCUGGCUCUGUGCCACUCUUUAAAACUCCCAUGCCUCCCUCACAGUCUCAGCAAGAAUCUUUUGGUACAGGACAGCAAGGCAUGAGACGUGGACCGCCUGAUGGCUUCUCUCAGGGUCAACAAAGUGACCCUUAUGCACAUCAGCCUCUAACUCCUCACCCAUCAGUGGGAGAUGCUUUUAGCAAUGAAGGCAGAAUCAUGCGUCAGAUUUCUGGAGGCCCCUUUACCCAGCAUUUGUCCAUGAGCAGGCAUUCUCAAAGGGAUCCAUAUGCACAGGCACCCUCUACACCUAGACCAGAUUACUCUCAGCAAAUGGCUGAUCCCUAUGCUCAGCCUCCUGGUACUCCACGACCUCAUGACUCAUACGUCCAGCCACCUGGUACACCAAGGCCACAUUCCGAUCCAUACUCAGUGGCACCAUCAACACCUCGACCUACUUCUAUGGAACAGUUUUCUCAGUCACAGCCAGCUAGCCGCAGACAAUCUCCUUCUCAUGCUAUGGAUCCGUAUGCACAAAUGCCAGGCACUCCAAGACCAGCCCCAGGGGAGAGAUAUCCUAAAUCUCCAGGCAGUCAGAGAAACACAGAUACGUAUACACAGGCUGUUGGAACACCUAGGCCAGUCAAAUCAGAUCCAUACGACCAGCCACCUGGAACACCAAGGCCAGUUUUCACUGACCCAUACGCUCAACCUCCUGGAACCCCAAGACCAGCGCCCAUGGUUCAUCCUUCAGAUCCAUUCAGCCAUCAGGCUUCAAACAGAAUCCAAGAUCCAUUUGCUCGUCCGACUGGCCCAGGUUCUCAAACCCCAAAACACCCUGGCAUUUCAGAUGAAGGUUUCACCUUGCCACAGACUAAUCCUAAUCAAACACCAAUUCAUGACCCCUUUGAACAAGCCUCUGUAACUCCAUGUCCACAGUCAGGGGAAAGAUUGGCUCAUGGUCCAUCAUCUACAAACUGCUCUUCUGAUGCUCAAAACACCAUGCAGCCAGCACUUGGGGACACGGAGGAAAAACUGAAACAGCGUCAGAGAUUACGACAGUUGAUCCUGAAACAGCAGCAGCAGAAGUGUGCCAUUAGACAGGAGAAGGGACUUCAAGAUGCUACUGGCACUAAUGCCCCUGGGACUCCAGUGCACUGGUCACAGGAAGAUUCUGGUCCACAGAGUGACAUUUUUGGCCGUCCUCCACCUCCAUACCCUGGAACUUUGAGAGCUUCACCAAUGCAGGGAGGUCAGAGAUUUCCUGGACCUUUACUUGGUGAUCAGCGAGCACCAUUCACUGAUGAGACCCAGUGUCCCCGACCUCCAUUUCCCAGAGACAUGAGCAAUAUGGGCAUUAGACCACAAGGGCCUAGAUUUGGAUUUUCCAGUAUAGCUCCAGGUCAGGAGUCAUUCAUCAGGCCCCCCCACCAGAUGCAGGGUGGGCCAAUGGCUGAUAAUGUCCCACCACAGAUGCGAAGAUCUCUGUCAGUUGAUCUCCCUAGAGCAGUGGCAGGCAACCCUCAAAUGGGUGUUCCCCAGCCGUUCCCACCACGAGGCCUUCCAGUGCAGCAACAUAAUAUAAUGGGCCAGCCUUUCAUUGAGCUUCGCCAUAGGGCUCCAGAGAACAGAGUCAGACUACCCUUUGGGCCACCAAAUAUGAUGGACCAUCCUAAUCAUCCCCAGAGACCUUCUGCUAACUUCAUGGGAGGACAAAAUAUGGCAUUCACUGGUAACCAGGGACCACGGCAGUUGAAUCCCAUCAUGGGCCAACCUCAGCACGGAUCAGUUGGUCACCUGCAGAUGUCAACUAGCAUGGAAAACUUGCAUCAACAAGCCAACAUGCCAGUGAAUACCACUCCACAACAUCCUCCACUGUCAACCACACUCACUCAUGCAGUUAGUGGUGAGGCACUUAGUUCUGGCCAGCCUGCUCUUCUUCCUGUGGCAGUCCCUGGUCCAUCUGAGGAUAUCCAGUUGCCUUGUGGUGAUGGGAUUGAGGUGAAGUUGGACACAGAUGACUCAGCAGUAAAGGAUCUUGAGGAUGUGGAGGUUAAAGAUUUGGUCGAUGAUGAUUUGGAAAACUUGAACCUUGACACAGAUGAUGGCAAGGAUUUAGAUCUAGAGACGAAUGACCUCCAUCUUGAUGAUUUCAUUGAAUCUGGGAAAUUUGACCUUAUCGCUUAUACUGAUCCUGAGCUGAACCUUGAGGACAAGAAGGAUAUGUUCAAUGAGGAGCUAGAUCUUAGUGACCCCAUAGAGGAUGACCAUGGUGAAAGCUCAGACCUUCAAAAGGAGCUGUCGGAAAAGAAAAGUGCCCCCUGUGGACGUACAUUGACCCCUCAACCAGUGAGUAAACUGGAGGGUGGUCAGCCUCCUGGUCAUGUCAAACAAGAAGAGAGCCUGUCAAAAGAAAGCUCUGGUGGUCUGCUGACAGAGAGCACUAUUAAAAGAGAAGUCAAACAGGGUUCAGUGGCCGGCCAAGACCCUUCUGCUUGUGGUGUUUCCUUGAGUGAAAACAGGCCUCUGAGUAGUAAAGGCAGCCAAGGGGAUGUAUCCAGUCUCUUUGAGGGAUCAGCCCAGCAGUCUGGGCUGUCAAGUACAGGUGUUUCUUCUGGCCCUGCUCCAGUACUUUCAAGCCUGUUGACCAAGGAGAAACUUGAAGAUUCUGGCAUUGACUCUGUGGUGCCUCCCCACCAGGGUGAUCUUGCCCAGCCUAUGAUGAUGCUGCAAGGACAAGACAAUGGGAUGAACUCUGGAAUGACAAUGGGACACAGGAUGGAUCCAUCACUUGCUCAUGGAGCAUCACUGGGAAAUCCAAAUAUGAUGCCAGCUGGCAACCAGCAACUGCCAGUCCAAGGAUUUGGAGCUUCACCAGGACAACAAGUGGAUCUGAACCUACCCAUGGUGGGUGGCCAGCAGCCCAUUCCCCACACCCUCCAUCCACAGGCCCAGCAGGCAAUGUUCUCACAAGUGUCUGUAGGACAGCAAGGGUCAAAAGUACCACAGAGCCAAACAAAAAGGCCACUGCUCUUAGAGGAGCAGCCCCUCCUUCUUCAAGAUUUGCUGGACCAGGAAAGGCAGGAGCAACAACAGCAGAGGCAGAUGCAGGCUAUGAUUCGCCAGCGCUCUAAUGACCCCUUUUUCCCCAAUAUUGACUUUGACGCCAUUACAGACCCGAUCAUGAAGGCGAAGAUGGUGGCCCUAAAGGGAAUCAAUAAAGUGAUGGCACAGAAUAGUAUGGGGAUGACACCCAUGGUCGUGAACAGAAUGCAGCAGAUGCCAGGAGCACAUGGGCCAGAUGCAGUCAGUUUCCCCCCACAUGUAUUUGGACAGGACGGCAAGCUGAUACCGCAGCUGGCAAGGCCGAACCCUCCUAAUUUUGGACCUGGUUUUGUCAAUGACUCUCAGAAAAAGCAAUAUGAGGAGUGGCUUCAAGAAACUCAGCAACUUCUUCAGAUGCAGCAGAAGUUUCUGGAGGACCAGAUUGGGGCCCACAGGAAAUCUAAAAAGGCCCUCUCGGCAAAACAGCGUACAGCUAAAAAGGCAGGCCGCGAGUUCCCAGAGGAGGACGCAGAGCAGCUGAAGCAUGUGACCGAACAGCAAAGCGUGGUUCAGAAGCAGCUGGAGCAGAUCCGUAAGCAGCAAAAAGAACACGCUGAGCUUAUUGAGGAAUACCGCGUCAAGCAGCAGCAACAGCAGCAGCGAAGCCUCCAACCACCCUCCGUGAUGAAUCCAAUGCAGGCCAUGCCAGGAAUACAAGGCCAAGCCCCUGGCAUGAUGCCUGGUGGGCCCCACAUGGGCCAGCCUAUGAUGGGUCCCAUGCAGCCCCACCCGGGUCAGCCCAACCCUGCUUGCAUGCCUAAUAUGCCAGGGUGGCACCCAGGUGGCCCUGCACCCAUGGGUGGACCCAGGAUGCCAUCUCACUUGCCUCCUCAAAUGCCACCAGCCAACCUUGGCCAGCCUCCGGCACAGCCCCCAGGUGGGUUGGUGCCAGGUGGCCCACCUGGCCAACCUGGCAGUGUACCUGGGGGUCAUGGGGGCGGAGCUGGCGGAGCCACCCCUCACGUGAAGUUUGACGACAAUAACCCGUUCAGCGAGGGUUUCCAGGAGCGUGAACGCCGUGAACGACUUCGUGAGCAGCAGGAGAGGCAGAGGGUGCAGCUGAUGCAGGAAGUGGAGCGGCAGAGAGCCUUGCAGAGACUAGAGCUGGAGCAGCAAGGUGCUGGCAUGGCCCCAGAUUCUAACCGGGAAGGCCUGGCCCACAUGCCCUUCUACAGCGCUGACCUGCCUCAAGACUUCAUGCAGCCUACUAGACCUCAGCAGCCACAGCAGCAGAUGAGCUCCAUGUUUCCCCAGCAAGGAGGACCACCUCUAGAAUUUGGUGGCCCCAGCCCAGCCUUCAUGCAGGCCGGAGAGCGACGGCCCAUUCCUGGGGGCGGCAGUUUCCCACCAGCUCAGGAAAUGGGGCCAAAUUUUCGGCCAAAGAAUCCGGCGAUACAUGGGCUAAACUUCAUCCCAGGUCAGCCUCGGCCGCAAGCAAUGCUCCAGGGUGGAGCUGAAGGCCCUCUGUUUGGAAUGGAGUCAGCCACGCCAUUGCCUCCUAAUUACCCUGGCUCAGGUCAGUCUCUCAUCCAGCUGUAUUCCAAUAUCAUCCCAGAGGAAAAGGGGAAGAAAAAGAGGAACCGCAAGAAGAAGAAAGACGACGACGCAGAUUCAGUGAAAACGCCCUCCACGCCACACUCGGACCUGACUGCCCCUCUGACCCCGUGUGUUUCAGACACGUCGUCCACCCCCACACGCAGCGCUCAGGAACCCUCUGAAUUGUCAAAUCCGUCGUCCUCCAUGCCUGGCUUGCCGCCUUCAUCAGAGCUGGAGAGGCAGCUUUCUGGAAGCGGUGGGACAAUGCUGAGGAGGCAAUCUAGCAUGGGCUCAGAAACAGAGCGGAGCAUCCUGGAUGAAGCCCACGAGAUCAAACAGGAGAAACUGGAGGCCAGUGAAUGUCGGGGGGCAGAAGUGGAGAGAUUGGAGCACACAGGUAUGGUGAAGGUUGAGGAGAGUGGCGAAGGAAUCUCCCCCAGCGUCCCAGGGCAGAGUCCAUCUCACAGCACCAAGGGCGACUCGGGGAACGAACUACUCAAACAUCUGCUGAAGAACAAAAGUACACCUCCUCCACCAAGCACACCCCUCACGCACCAGGCGUCUAAUGACAGCCUGCGAUCAGAGGAAGAGGGAGUAGCUGACAGUAAAGGGUCUGUGAAGCUGGAUUCCACCAACUGUUUGGGUGGUGUGAACAACCAAGUACCAGACAAUACAGAUCCUCUAGAACCUUCUUUGCCAGAGCAAGGCAAGAAAAAACAGCGCAAUAAGAGGACCCUCAAGGUGGGAGCUGAGAAACCUCAGUCUCGCUGGAAGAAGAGGAAGAAGGAGCAGGAGGAGCGACAGGUGGUGUAUUCCUCCACCGACACAUUGAUGACCCAACUCAAACAGCAGCUCUCCCUGCUGCCCCUGAUGGAGCCCCUAAUUGGGGUAAACUUCGCUCACUUUCCACCGUAUGGCAGCGGGCAGUUAAACGGAGAAAACCGACUGUCAGGCUCUUUCGGAAGUGCGUCACUGGACGGAGUGUCGGACUACUACUCUCAGCUCAUCUAUAAGCAAAACAACCUGAGCAACCCUCCAACGCCUCCUGCCUCUCUCCCACCUACUCCGCCUCCCGUGGCCAGGCAGAAGAUGGUGAACGGCUUUGCUACAGCCGAGGAGCUCGCCAGGAAAGCUGUUAUGAGUGGGCAUGAAGUUUCCAAAAGCAUGGGACCGAAGCACCUCCCAACUCCAUUUAGAGGAGAGGAGGACCUCCUGGCUCAGGCCAUUUCUCAGGGACCCAAGACUGUGGAUGUGCCGGCCUCUCUCCCCACACCCCCUCACACCAAUCAGGAGGAGCUCCGGGGUCAGGAUCACUGUGGCGACAGAGACACCCCAGACAGUUUCGUCCCAUCCUCGUCUCCAGAGAGCGUAGUGGGCAUGGAGAUCGGCCGUUACCCGGAUUUGUCUCUGGUGAAGGAAGAGCCUCCAUCCCCUGCUGUGUCUCCCACCAUCCCCAUGCUGCCCAGUGCAAGUGGGAAAGGCACUGAAUUCAAGCAGUGGGAGGUAAAGAAAGAACCUCAGAGCAGUUUCUUCGGAUCCCAUUUUGAGCCGUCUUCAUCCUAUUCUAAGACUGGUCUCAUGUCCAUAGCGCUCACUCUAAACCAAGCUGCAGCAGAGAACAUUCAGGGAGUGGUGGCAGCAGUAGCUGACCUGCUUUUCGUCCCUGUCCCUGCCAACUACGAGGUGACCCGCACGCCAGGCCCAGAGCCCCGAAGCUCUCUGGCCAUGCUAGCUGGCCUCAAGGUCCCUCCGACCCAUGGGCUGGACCCCCGGCAAGUUUCUCUGUUUCCUCAGGCUGGCAUGAGGUUCCCCAGACCACCAGGACCCUCAGGUCCCCUAGGAAUGAUUCCCCCAAAUCAGCACUUUGGGUCCCUCAACAGCACGGGUCCAGCUGCGCUCAGACCGGAAUAUCAGAUGGACGACAGCAGCCCAGGGCAAAAACCACAGUGGUGUGCCAACUGCAAGGUGGUGGUUCUGGGAAAUGGAGUCCGCAAGUCUACCAAAGACUUCCCCAGCCAUAAACAGGAGGGCCAAACCCAGGCCGAGGGCAACGCCGUCUUCUGCAGUCACAACUGCUUUGUUCUCUACUCAUCCUCCAUGCAGACCAAACCAGUAGAUAGCAAGCCGAAUGUGCCUGUCCUGCCUGAUUCUCAGAAGAGCCAAGUGAAGGCUCUUCACCCGUACAGCAACAACAUAUCUACCCUGGAUGUCCACUGCCUGGCCCAGAUGCAGCCCAAACAGUCUCCACCCUCCACCCCACCCAUCUUCUUCCCCUCUGCCUCCCCUGAGUCAGCCAAAGCCGAAGUCAAGUCGGAUGCUCUGAAGGUCACUGUAAAGCUGAAGCCCCGUCUCCGUGCCGUCCAUAACAGCGGAGGCGAUGAGUGCCUGCCACGCCACUUAUCUGGGAAACGUUGGAAGGGGCUGCGCUGGCGCAAAUGGAGCGUCCAGAUAGUGGUGCCCAAAGGCAACCUGCAGCUGCGGGACAAGGAUGAGCUGGAGCAGCUAUUGAGGAAGCUGGACGCCUCCCUGCGGCCUGAGCCGCUGCCAAAAGACCUGAGGCGUUGCUGCUUCUGUCACGAAGAGGGCGAUGGGCUCACAGAUGGACCCGCCCGUCUACUCAACUUGGACCUGGACCUGUGGGUGCACCUUAACUGUGCACUGUGGUCCACCGAAGUAUAUGAGACCCAAGCUGGUGCACUUAUCAACGUAGAACUGGCUCUGAGGCGCGGCCUUUCUGUGCGCUGUGCCUACUGCCAGCAGACUGGAGCCACCAGUGGCUGCCACCGGCUGCGUUGCACCAACGCCUACCACUUCACCUGCGCCCUCAAGGCGCAGUGUACCUUCUUCAAAGACAAGACCAUGCUGUGCCACCUGCACAGGCCCCGUGGAGGCUCUAGUGGCUCUGGGAGCGGGACUCCAGGAGGGCCAGAGCACGAGCUGCGCUGCUUCGCCGUGUUUCGCCGUGUCUACGUGCAGCGGGAUGAGGCGCGGCAGAUAGCCAGCAUCGUGCAGCGCGGGGAACGCGAGCACACCUUCCGUGUGGGCAGCCUGGUGUUCCAUGCCGUAGGUCAGCUCCUGCCACAGCAGAUGGAGGCCUUCCACUCAUCUGCCGCCAUCUUCCCCGUGGGCUAUGAGGCCAGCCGCAUCUACUGGAGCAUGCGGCAUGGAAACCGCCGCUGCCGCUACCUCUGCUCCAUCGACGAGAAGGACGGCGCCCCUGAAUUCACCAUCCGCGUGGUGGAGCAGGGCUACGAGGAUCUGGUGCUGACCGGAUCCUCACCUAAAGGAGUGUGGGAUAAGGUCCUAGAGCCCGUGGCGGAGAAGAGGAAUGAAACGGGCAUUCUCAAACUGUUCCCUGUCUAUCUGAAGGGAGAAGACCUGUUUGGACUGACGGUCCCGGCAGUCACCAGGAUUGUGGAAUCGCUGCCUGGAGUGGAGGCGUGUGCACGCUACACCUUCCGUUAUGGCCGCAAUCCUCUGAUGGAGCUGCCUCUGGCCAUCAACCCCUCAGGCUGCGCGCGCUCUGAACCUAAGGCGUGCACCCACGUCAAGAGGCCGCACACCCUGACCAGCGGCAGCUCUGCUAAGGCUCUCCAGAGCAACGGCAGCCCCGCUGAGCUCACUGGCGCCCCCUACAGCAAGCAGUUUGUCCACUCCAAGUCCUCUCAGUACCGCCGCAUGAAGGCCGAGUGGAAGUCCAACGUUUACUUGGCCCGUUCGCGCAUCCAGGGCUUGGGGCUGUAUGCUGCUAGGGACAUUGAGAACAACACCAUGGUCAUCGAAUACAUUGGUACAAUCAUUCGUAACGAGGUGGCAAACCGCAAGGAGAAGAUGUACGAAUCACAGAACCGUGGAGUCUAUAUGUUCCGCAUCGACAGUGAGCAUGUAAUUGAUGCAACCAUUACAGGCGGACCCGCAAGGUACAUCAACCACUCCUGCGCACCCAACUGCAUAGCCGAGGUCGUGACCUUUGAGAGAGGCCACAAAAUAAUCAUCAGCUCCAACCGCCGGAUACAACGCGGGGAGGAGUUGUGCUAUGACUACAAAUUUGACCUUGAAGAUGACCAGCAUAAGAUUCCUUGUCACUGUGGUGCAGUAAACUGCAGGAAAUGGAUGAACUAAACCGAAGAGGCGCUUCUGUUUUUUCUUUUUUGUUUCUCUCUUUUUUUUUUUUGUUUAGUUUGUUUUUUGAGGUGGACAGAGAGAACAUUUAAUCCACACGUAUGCAUUCCUUGUUAGCUUUUUCUAGGCCCAUUUCUAAACAGGAAGCAUUUUGUUAUUAAUCUUUAAACUUAUCAGGGCAGACGAAAGACCGUAGAACUGUAAGAGGUAACGAGGAGACCUGGUCCAAGGUCCCAAAAAAAGGCACAAAAGCCGACUGGGGUCUCAUUGGGAUGGACAGGUAAGGUGGGGGUGGACAUACUGCAUGGUAAACAGCUUCACCUGAACACCAGGCGGCACACUGGUUCCUCCGCUUUGCAGAACAGACACAGCGCGGAUGGCUUUUUCUCUGAAGGAAGAGCAGAGUUUGACGAGCUUCGGUGAGAAACAGGCAAACAGGAGCUUAAAAGGUGGUGUUAGGUUAAAUCUCACCAGCUGACCAGGAAAGUAAAGUGCUGGCCACAGCCUUAUUUAGUUAUUAAGAGGCUGGUCCUCUGGAUAAAGAUUUUAUAUAUAUAUAUAUAUAUAUAUAUAUAUAUAUAUAUAUAUAUAUAUAUAUAUAUAUAUAUAUAUAUAUAAAAUGUAUACACACAGAUCUCUAUAUAUAUAUAUACAGAUAUACACAUAUAUAGAAUCAGAAAUGUAGACACCACUGAACAAGGAAUGUACUGAGAAGACUUCCUUAGGGAUAAAGCUAAGGGAAUAUUAACUUGCACUAAAAACAACAAAAAAAAAAAAUACAGUUUAAAAUACUUGAUUCCAUGAGUCAGUUUAUUUUUUCUUUGUUUUUGAUUUCUGUAAAAUAAGAGGCAAAGUUUUGUAUUUAUUAUCAAUUGAAGCUAUUUUUUAAGAAUGUGGAUUUAAAAAAAAAAAGAGAGUCAAGCUGCUUUGGGAAGCUGCAGAUUGAACAGAACGUGUUACUUUAUAAAAUAUGUAAAUAUCCAUCUAAAAUUUAAAAACGUAGAAUUACUCGACCAAAUGCUACCUUAACUUCAUUAUAGCUAUUUGGGUGAUUUUUUUUUGUUUUGUUUUUCUU